CAAUUCAUUCUUACAUAACUUUUCCUGUCGCCGUUCUGCGGUUGUCUUCUUCUGAGUUCUGACCUCCCAAAACCACGUCGACGAAUUAAGAUGAGAGUGACAAAGCAGACGCGCCAUCGUAAUGUUCUGCAGCAUUUGCUUGCCCGUCAAAUAACACCGGCUGUAUGUACUGCAGCUUGUUUUGGUUUUCAUAAGGUUCUAUGUGAUGGUAUGUUUAUGCACCAUUUGCUUGUCUAUAACAUGACACCCGCUGAUUAUGCUCUUCUCAAUACUCUUGGUGCUCCAGUGAAACUUUUCACUACCAGAUGUGUCGUUGAAGAGUUGAAGAGCGAAAAGUUGAAGAGACUCCUUUGGCGCACCUAUCCUAUGACACUCGAUGCAGCUAGUAGCCUUUUAACUGUAAGAUGUGAUCAUGAGAUACCCAUCGAUAGUGGAAGUUGCGUACUUGAAGUCAUUGGGAGAAACAAUCCGGAGAACUUUUAUGUUGCUUCACGGCAUCCUUAUGUACUGGAAGGGCUUCGGGAGAUAUAUGGAGUUUCUAUUAUAUAUCCAGUUAAGAAAGCUUUAUUUCUCGAACGAGUGACUGACGUAGAGAAAAAGAGGAAAUGCUCUGAUGAUGAAUGGUCUGAUUAUGAAUCGUCUGAUGAUGAAUUGUCUGAUGAAGGAGCAAGUGAAGAAGAGGAAGGUCAUGGCUUAGAGGUCCAGAAUGUGAAAAAAAGAAAAAAGAAUAGAAACCACCUUCAAUUUAAACGCCUUCGAUUUAAAAGAAAGAAGUCCAAGAACCUGAAUCCACUUUCUCUCAAGAAGAAGAAAAAGUCUUCAGCUGAAUCAGAAAAAAGGAAACCAAGAAAAAUGAUGGUGAGAACUAGAAAAAAGGAAUAAAAAGUAUUGGCCGAGAGGAGGGGAGUGGAUAGAGAUAUCUGGCAAUAAGGGACG